AUGUCCCAUGCGACGACGCCUACCCAAGGCCCGUCAACAAUCGAUUGUGAAGUCUUGACGGACAUUCAUACACAAUCAAAUUUGGCCGAAGUUGAAGUAAUCAGUCUAGUACAAGAAUUAAUCCCACGUUAUCGUUUACGUGUUGAUACUGAUUUUGCUUGUUCAAACGAAGAUUUUAUUCAAACACCACGUAUUGACGGUUCUGAAUUUGAAGGUUUAACUAAUACACAAAUUCGUGGUCUUCUUGAUUAUUACGCAUCAUCAAGUGAUCGAAUAAGUCAAAUGACUAAAACAUACCAUGAUAUAAGUGCUGUUACUCGCAUGUUAGAAGAUCGCGAGAAUGAUUUACAAAUGGCCGUGACUUUAGGUCAUAAUUUACUUGAAAGUAAUAAAUCUUUACGUAGUCAAGUAACAUUACUUGAACAAGAUAUUGAACAAACAACUGAAAUAGUUAAACAACUUAAACAUGAUCUAGUUCUUAAAGAACGUUUGAUUCGAUUUUAUAGUGAUCUUGAAGAAAAUGAAUUACAAUCAGUAGCAGCAAAUAAUUUUGAUGUUCAACAUUAUGAACAAAAAAUUCGUAAUCUUGAAGAUGAAAAUCAAGAAUUACGUACUGAAACUAUACAAUUAAAACUUGAUUGUGAAAAUUAUGAACAUCAAGAACAGUCUAUAGUUGAUAAUUUUGUUCAUGCUUUAGCUCAUGCAAAUGCUGAUAUUGAUAAUUUACAACAAGAAUUAAUUAAGAAAAAUGAUGAAAAUUGUAAACAACAAAAUGAAGUUCUUCAUUUAUCUUAUGAGAUGCGAGAAAUUCGUCGUCGAUUAUGUGAAUUAAAAAAAGAAAAUGAAGAAUUAAAAAAUCUUCUAUCCAUUAGUGGAAAAAAUCGUCAAGAAUAUGAAAUAAAAAUUCAACAAUUAGAACACAAUUAUAGUGAAUGUUUAGAUAAACUUCACAAAACUCAAGUUGAAGUUAAUAAUUUACAACAAAAAUUACUUAAUAUAUCACCAUCAUCAUCAAUAUCAGAUUUAUCAUCACAUCAUAAUACAGUAUUUUUAUCUCCUGUUGAAUAUGCAAAUUUCAUGGGUUUAGAACAUUCACUUAAAUCUGAACUUGAAGAAAUUCUUGAAGAUCCAAAUCAACUUUGUCCUCCAACUACAUAUAACAAUGAAAAAAUUAAAAAAAUUAAAAAAAAUUUACGUAGAAAAAUAUCACGAGAACAAAGUGAUACCGAUGGAGAAUCAACAAUUAAUGAUUCAGCAUUUAGUGAUACAGAAAGUUUAAGCAGUAAUUCGUCUUGUCCAUAUUGUCAUCGAUGUUCGCCUAUACCUGUAGCUGAUUCGAAAUCAUCAUCUACUUAUCAAUUUGAACAUCGAGUACCACAUGGAAUUUCAUCAAGAUUAAGACUUGUUAAACGAUUUGAAGGAUCAAAUAUGUUAAAACGUUGGCAGCAAUUAGCUGAACCAAGUCUUUCAUCAUGUCUUCAAACAAUACCCGGUGUAUAUACACGUGCUCAAAUUUUACAUGAAGUUAAAGAAGAUGAUGAAGAAGAACAAGAAUCUUCUACAACACAAGAAAAUAAUUUAGAAUUACCAUUAAAUUCAUCUGAAACAACAAAAAAUCGAUUAAAUCUUGUUGAAUUAAUAACUCAACAAGGAUUAAUAUCACAAACAAUUGAUACAAUGGCACCUGAUCCUGAUUUAAAUGAAGAACCACCAUUAUCACCAACACAUGGUGUUCAAAUGGAAACAAAUGCAUUAUUACAACAAGUUAUACAACGUUUAUUUGGCAUGUCAUUACGUACAUUUGAAACAUUAACAACAUCACUUACAUCAACAAUUAAUGAUGAUAUUGAUGAAGAUGAUGAAAUAAAAACAAUAGAUUUUGAACAACGAUUACAAACAAAAAAUUUAAUACAACCACCGUCAUCACCAACAUUUGAUGGUCUUACAGCGCCAACACCAAAUACAGCUAUGCGUGCAAUAAAAUCAAGUACAUUUUUACAUGUUUCAUCAUUAAAUCCAUUAAUAAAAGCAUAUGCUACACGUUCUCCUGGCGAUAUACCAUCGAUUGUUAGUGAUUUUCUUCGAAAUAAUCCUUCCACGAACAUUAAAUGA